CAGUUGUAUGCAGCAGAGCCCAGAGUGACAUUGAGACCUGCGUCCAUUACUGAAUCUAUUAUUAGUUCAUGAUUAACUUAAUUCCUCUCUGUUCAACUCUAACUGUCUGCUCAGGAUGGCACAUGAUUGGCAGGGAGGUAGAAGUAGGAGUCACCACCGAUAUGAGGAAGAUGAUGAAGAACCCCAGCCAGUGUAUAUUGGUGUUCCGUUAACACACGGUUACAGUAAAAGGAGACGGCGUAAACACCGCUCCCAACGCGAGAAACAUCACACCCACCAUGACCAACACACACAGCAUGAACACACACACCAUGACCAUCACUAUGACAACCAGGAACACUAUGAAGAUGAGGAGGAGAUGGAACAACAUGACAUAUUUCACCCUGACUCCACAGUGUCCCCGGCGGCGGAGAGGCUGCGUUACAUCCUGGGUGAAGAUGAUGACUUGCCGACGCCCACUCUGUUUACAGAGAUGGACACACUGCAACACGAUGGAGACGAUAUGGAGUGGAAAGAGUCUGCUAGGUGGGUGAAGUUUGAGGAGAAGGUGGAGGAGGGAGGAGAGAGGUGGAGUAAGCCCCAUGUGUCCACCUUGACCCUCCACAGUCUGUUUGAGUUGAGGACCUGUAUACAGACUGGCAGUGUACUGCUGGAUCUGGAGGGAUACUCACUGCCAGAGAUAGUGGAUGACAUUGUGGAUCGCCAGAUAGCUGAUGGUCUCAUUGGUCCAGAGCUGAGGGAGAAGGUCAGCUUCGUGUUGCUACGGAAACAUCGCCACCAGCAUAAGAAACCCAUGCAUCGCUCACUAGCCGACAUGGGCAAAUCAAACAAUUGCCCCGCCAGCCGUAGUCCCCAGUCUGUUCAUAGUGCCAGCCGUACUAACUUCAGUCGUAGUCCUAGUUCAGCCUCUGGCCUCCAUCGUUCAACAGAAGACCUACGUGCCAAGUCAGGCAGCCUUGCCCGCCUGCAUCAUGCGCAAAGCCGAAGUAUGAACGAUAUUUCAGACACACCAAGCACAGACCAGCUGAAGAACAAGUUUAUGAAGAAGAUUCCUCGUGAUGCCGAGGCGUCUAACGUUCUGAUUGGAGAAGUGGACUUCCUGGACAAACCAUUUGUAGCGUUUGUACGUUUGGCCCAAGCUACCACACUGGGAGGCCUGACCGAGGUCCCAGUACCUACCAGGUUUCUGUUUGUCUUGCUUGGUCCUCAUGGCAAAGGCAAGUCCUACAACGAGAUUGGUCGAGCCAUUGCUACGCUCAUGGUGGAUGACUUGUUUAGUGAUGUGGCGUAUAAAGCCCGGGACCGUGAUGACCUGAUCGCUGGGAUUGAUGAGUUUCUGGAUGAGGUCAUCGUUCUGCCACCAGGGGAGUGGGACCCCAAAAUACGCAUCGAGCCCCCCAAGAAAGUCCCCUCUGCCGACAUGAGGAAGUCUGUGCUGAACCUGAACGAGCUGGGCCAGGUAAACGGGGCGGUCGGGGGGGCAGGAGGAGGAGAGGACGAGGAGAUGCCCGCCCCCCACGAGCUGGGAGAGGAACUGCAAUUCACUGGCAGGUUCUGUGGAGGCCUGUGGCUGGACAUUAAGAGGAAGGUUCCGUGGAUCCUUAGUGAUUUCUCCCAGGGAUUCCACAUCCAGUCCAUCUCUGCUGUGCUGUUCAUCUACCUGGGCUGCAUCACCAACGCCAUCACCUUCGGAGGCCUGCUGGGAGAUGCCACAGACAACUACCAGGGUGUGAUGGAGAGUUUCCUAGGUACAGCGUUAGCAGGUACAGUGUUCUGUCUGUUAGGAGGUCAACCUCUCAUCAUCCUCAGUUCCACUGGACCCAUCCUCAUCUUUGAGAAACUGCUCUACGAGUUCUGCAAGUCUAACACUAUAGAUUAUAUGGAGCUGCGUCUGUGGAUUGGUCUCCACUCCUGUCUGCAGUGUCUGAUCCUGGUCGCCACGGACGCCAGUUACAUCAUCAAAUACAUCACGCGCUUCACUGAGGAGGGCUUCUCCAGCCUCAUCUCCUUCAUCUUCAUCUCUGAUGCCAUUAAGAAGAUGGUGGGAUCCUUCAAGUACUACCCUAUCAACCGUGGCUUCAAGCCUGACUACGUUACCUCAUACAAGUGUGAAUGUAUCGCACCAGACCAGGUUCCACUAGCGGACGAUAACAUGACUGAUUUGUAUAACAUAACAGGUCUGGACUGGAGUCAGCUGAGUAAGAAGGAGUGUGUGAAGUAUGGUGGCGCCCUGUUGGGAAACACCUGUAAGUACGUCCCUGACCUGGCCCUCAUGUCCUUCAUCCUGUUCUUCGGGACCUACUCCAUGACCGUCUCACUCAAGAAGUUCAAGACCAGCCGGUACUUCCCCACCAUGCUGAGGAAGCUGAUCAGUGAUUUCUCCAUCUUCAUGUCAAUCAUGACGUUUGUGGGUCUGGAUAUGCUUGUAGGGCUGGACACACCCAAACUAAUCGUACCCACAGAGUUUAAGCCGACGCGUCCAGACCGUGGCUGGUUGGUGAUGCCGUUUGGUAAGAACCCGUGGUGGGUGUACGUGGCCAGCGCCGUUCCUGCUCUCCUGGUCACCAUCCUCAUCUUCAUGGACCAACAGAUCAGCGCUGUCAUCGUCAACCGCAAAGAGAACAAACUCAAGAAAGGUUGUGGGUACCAUCUGGACCUGUUCUGGGUGGGUAUUCUGAUGGCAGUGUGUUCCUUCCUGGGCCUGCCCUGGUACGUGGCUGCCACUGUCAUCUCCAUCGCCCACAUCGACUCUCUGAAGAUGGAGAGUGAGUCCAGUGCCCCAGGAGAGCAGCCCCAGUUCCUGGGUGUCAGGGAACAGAGGUUGACGGGUAUUCUGGUGUUUGUCCUAAAUGGAGUCUCCAUCUUCCUGGCUCCUGUCCUGCAGUACAUCCCCAUGCCUGUUCUCUACGGUGUCUUCCUUUACAUGGGAGUGGCCUCACUUGCUGGAAUACAGUUCUGGGAACGUAUAAAGCUGUACCUGAUGCCAGCCAAGCACCAGCCAGACUUCUCCUUCCUGCGUCAUGUUCCUCUGAGGAGGGUUCACCUGUUCACCCUGGUCCAGAUCAUCUGUCUGGCUGUCCUCUGGAUCCUCAAGUCUACUGUUGCUGCCAUCAUAUUCCCUGUCAUGAUCCUGGGUCUGAUGGUGGUGCGUAAGAUGAUGGACCUGAUGUUCUCUCAACAUGACCUGGCCUGGCUGGACGACAUCCUGCCGGAGAAAGACAAGAAGAAGGAGAAAGGGGGGAAGAAAAAGAAAGACAACAAAAAGACCAAAGCCGCAGCAGAGACGGAGAGCGACGAGGAGGAGAAGAACGUUUACUCUAGUGUGAAUCCUGAUAACAUUGAGCUGGACCGCAGGUACUGUGUGCUCAAACUGCACGUCCCCUACAGUGACCUGAUACAACCUGCCAUCACACACACCGACUGAGGAGUACAUGGCCAGCAGGACCACAACUACAACUACGACUACUGACACACACACACACACACACACACACACACACACACACACACACACACACACACACACACACUAUGCUGAUACAUUUCACUUGAAGGCAUUCAGUUGUACAACUGACUAGGUAUCCCCCUUUCCCUUUCACUUCUGUACAAUUUCUGACACAUGCUAGGAACCAUUUAGCAAAGUUCCAUUCACUAUUAGCAUUCUUUAGCACUGUUGUCACUUAAACACUUUAUACACAUUGAAUUUCAUAUAAAUAUAUACAAAUAUUCCAUAAACUUUAGAUUUGAUGUGAUAUUUAACAUACAUUAGAUUCAGUUGGAUAGUAGUUAUUGUAUUAUAAGUAUGUUAUGCAACACCUCUACUCUUAAACAUUGUAUAAAUCACUGUAGUGUCUGGUAGACAUACCCAGACACAUGGAUCACAUGCCAUUCUGAACCUUAAGUCUACUGUCCGAAGCUGUUGGAGCAUAAAUCGUAGUGUGUGGACUGAGUCUUCUCUUCGUUCAAAAUAUUCUCUGAGCUCCAGCACCUACUCAAACCACUGGAUGUUGUGUGUGUAAUGUUUUUCUCUGCUAUACUUUGGCCCUACUGUAGAUGUGUUUGUGAGGGCAGACUGACAGUUGUUCAAAUACCACAGCCGAUGCAUCUGAAAGCAAGGCAGAAGUAGUUUUUGUGUGUUUGUUUGUUUUGAUGAUGUCUUCCAAGUGUUAUUUAUUCACCGUGUGCUGUGUGGUUUGUGGCAGCAACCUCUGUUGUACUAAUGUAAAGACUCCUCUGAAGGCACAGUUGGCGAAGGAAGAGUUGUAAUGUUAUAGUAAUACAAUAUUAUUAUUAUUGAAAAAAAAAUGUAUUUCACCCCCUUUUUCUCCUCAAUUUCGUGAUAUCCAAUUACG